GGCUGUCAUGCUCGCACAUGUGCCAUUAAUUGACAAGAAUGCUGCUAAAGUUGGCUGAUCAAGAGAUAGGCUGUGCAAAGGAACAGGAUUUGAGACAGCCCAGGGUUUCCUCUUCAAGUAGGUUUAAAACAAUUUUUUUUUUCUCACUAACUUCCUUCCUGUUCUAACUGCCAGUACUCAGAAGUCAGAGUUAAGAGACAGAGGCACCCCGGACAGAGACGCCAAAGCACUGAAUAAAUAGAUAAAAAUGACUGAAAAGGACCCAGAGCCGCGUGUGGAGGAGGAGGAGGAGGAUGACCUGGACAGCAAGCUCAAUUACAAGCCUCCGCCGCAGAAGUCCCUGAAAGAGCUUCAGGAGAUGGACAAAGAUGAUGAGAGUCUAGCCAAGUACAAGAAAACGCUGCUGGGAGACGGUCCCGUGGUAACAGAUCCGACAGCCCCCAAUGUCACUGUCACCCGGCUCACCCUGGUUUGUGAGAGUGCCCCAGCACCAAUCACCAUGGACCUUACUGGAGAUCUGGAAGCCCUCAAAAAAGAAACCAUUGUGCUAAAGGAAGGUGCCGAAUAUAGAGCUAAAAUUCACUUCAAAGUGAACAGGGAUAUUGUGUCAGGCCUGAAAUAUGUUCAGCACACCUACAGGACUGGGGUGAAAGUGGAUAAAGCCACGUUUAUGGUUGGCAGCUAUGGGCCUCGGCCGGAGGAGUAUGAGUUCCUCACUCCAGUUGAGGAGGCUCCCAAGGGCAUGCUGGCCCGAGGCACGUACCACAACAAGUCCUUCUUCACCGACGAUGACAAGCACGACCACCUCAGCUGGGAGUGGAACCUGUCGAUUAAGAAAGACUGGACAGAUUGAAUGCAUCUGCCCAUCCCUUUCCCCACCCUUGCCACCUGGAAGAAUUCUCUCAGGCGUGUUCAUCUCCCUGUCCCUCCUCCCUGUCCACAGCUGGAUCCCUCUCCAAUGGUGUCCACAUUCCCAUAUUGAUGCAUCUUUUCCCACCUGUUUCUUAAAGGGGUUCCUAGCACAAGAGUCUUAAAACCGGGCUUUCACCCUGCCUGCUCUCUGAUCCUCCAUCAGGGCCAGGUCUUCCACCUCUACAUCUCGAUACACCAUCAUUUAAUAUUUCCGUCUCUUACUUUCAUUCGAGCAACUAGAGAGCAGGAAAUGGGCAAUCACAAACAGGUCUUUGACUCAGGUUCCGGUAGUUCAUGCUAAUGCCUGGAUUCUUUGGUGGUUGCUGGCCCAUUGAGUCCCUCAUCACAUCCCCUGCCAGAUGGAGUUCUUCUUUUGUGGGAGACACUGUAAACAACACAAGAGAAUAAGAAUAAAACAAUAACUGCGUGUGUUCUGACUGAGA